UCCGCGGAAACACCACUCGAAUUCACUAUUCAACAAAAAGUAUCUCGACACGACAAUAUCGUUAGCCUUCAUCACCUCUUUCGCCAAGGGCCCCAUCUGUUCGCGGUCAUGGAAUUCUGCGGUGGAGGCGACCUCCUUACAAUACUCGAUGCCGUCGCCCACUGUCACGAUCUCGGCAUCUACCAUCGGGAUCUCAAGCCAGAGAACAUUCUCUACUCGAUGGAUGGCUUGAAAGUUCUUUUAGCCGAUUUUGGUCUAUCGACGGAGGAUGCAAUAUCCGAUGAUUUUAUGUGUGGAACUCCGGAGUAUAUGAGUCCGGGUAAGCGAUUAUUCCUUGUUGCCAUCUACAGACACUGACGGUGUUCUGCAGAGGUCAUCGACGAGUACGAAGUGUAUGAACGGUACUCGAGUGUUCACUACGAUAUCUGGUCCUUGGGCAUUAUCUUCUGCAACAUUGUCACUGGACUUCGUCUCUGGAAUCGUGCCAGAUCUUCGGACGCUAGAUUUCGGGCCUACUGCGAGAACAGCGAAAACUACUUUGUCAAUAAAUACGUGGAUCUCCUCGGGUUCUCAAGAUAUCCUCAAGCGGAUGCUUGCCAUUGAGCCUUCCAGCCGUGAUUCGCUAGAGACCAUACGUUCUCUCGUCGUGAAUCUCGAUACGUUUUUCCCGACUGAGGAAACGUCUACUGUCGGGACGCGGACAGUCAACAGAGAAGUGGAACGGAAUUCAUAUGAAGACCCUCAAGA